UCCCAGUGUUUGUAUCUGUUUGCAGAGGCAGCGGAUCUUAAUCGUGUAUUACCCCCGCUGUAAAAAUGUCUCUGAAGACCGUGGGCACCGCUUUAACCCGUACACUGUGGACAAGGGGAAACAGCACUCCUCCUCUCGUCAGAUCCCCUAAAACGAAUAGACCUUCUUCAUCAUGCAGGGAGUUUGGAAGAGGACAGCAGAGCCGCGGAAAAAGUUGCUGCUCCAACUCGGACAGGCCUCCGAGUGGCGACGUGCCACCAUCCAGCGAGCCACCUCAUAGAUGCACCACAGGGGAGAAGAAGAGACCAAAAGAGCCCGUAGGUGCUCCGGGUGUCUCUGGUGUGAGGAGACGAUCCUACACCUCUCACGCUGCUCCUGCAGACAAGAGGUCUUACCUGUGGGCUCGGUACAAUGACAUGAAACGGAUGGUUCACGAGCUGAUCCCACCUGGUGCAUGCCACCUCCUCAACUCCUCCACUAUCUACGCCAACAACGAGGUCAACCUGGCCGAGGUCGACAUCUACGGCUUUGACUACGACUACACGCUGGCUCUGUACUCAAACGCCCUCGACGCAGCCAUCUACAACACAGCAAAGGGCUUUCUGAUCGAUCACUUUAAGUACCCUGAAGGCAUCAACAAAUAUGAUUACAUUCCCAACUUUGCUGCUCGAGGGCUUCACUAUGACAUUGAAAAGGGGCUAUUAAUGAAGAUAGAUGCCUUCCAUUAUAUUCAGCCUGGAAAUGUGUAUCGGGGACUGAGUCCAGUUCCUGAUGAGGUGGUACGUCAGCUCUACGGGGGGACAUACCAUGUCCCACUGCCACAAGACAGUGGUUUCUAUGGAAAGGGGCCGAGGGUGAAGCAGUUCAUGGACAUCUUCUCCAUCCCUGAGAUGACUCUGUUGGCGGCAGCAAAUGAUUUUUUCACCACUAACGACAUCGAGUAUGAUCCAGUCCACCUCUUUAAGGACGUCUCGGAAGCCAUUGGCAUGGUUCACCUAAAAGGCUUCAUGUACAAAUGGAUCAUGGAAGAUCUCAAUAAGUAUAUUCUAAGAGGAGAAGAGACAGACGCUGUUUUGCACCGACUGGUCAGCAAUGGAAAGAAGCUCUUCCUUAUCACUAACAGUCCCUUCAGCUUUGUGGACAAAGGCAUGACGCACAUGGUGGGGAAAAACUGGAGAGACUUCUUUGAUGUUGUCAUUGUGCAGGCGGACAAACCUCACUUCUUCACUGAUUGUAUCAAACCUUUCAGAAGACUGGAUGGUAAUGGAGACCUGCGGUGGGAAAGGAUACACAGUUUGGAAAAGGGACAAAUCUACAAACAGGGAAACUUGUUUGACUUUCUCCGACUGACAGGCUGGCGAGGAUCGAAAGUUCUUUAUUUUGGAGAUCAUCUUUAUAGUGACUUGGCUGAUCUGAUGUUGCGACACGGCUGGCGAACAGCAGCCAUCGUACCAGAGCUAGAGCAUGAAACCAAAGUGGUAAGCACGGACCAGUACGCUCUGAACCUCACCUGGCUGCAGGCUCUGACUGGACUCAUGGAGCGUCUACAGAUGCAUCGAGAUCAAGAGUCUAAAGAGGUUUUUCAGGAAUGGCAGAAAGAGAGAGAAGAACUAAAGGUGAUGAUAAAGAACUUGUUCAACCCUCAGUUUGGCAGCAUCUUCAGAACAUCUCACAACCCUACCUACUUCUCCAGACGCCUGUCUCGUUUCUCUGACGUCUACAUGGCCUCUCUCAGCUGUCUGUUAAAUUAUGACCUCUCAUACACUUUCUACCCACGCCGGACCCCUCUACAGCACGAAGCUCCUCUGUGGAUGGACCAGCUCUGCACUGGCUGCAUGAAGACGCCUUUCCUGGAGGAGAUGUCCCACAUACGAUGAGAGCUGUGCUCUCCUCAGUGACUGAUGGGACUGAUUUCAAACUGUAGUCUUUUCAAACAUUUGAAAUGGCCUGAGGAUUUAAAGCGGGGUUCUUUCUAGUCAAGAGGGUGCCACACUGCUUCCUGCACAGAGCAAAACAUUCCUCUUCCACAACAUGACCCACUGAAUCCACUAGAGGGAGCUGUAGGUUUAGCUGAGUAGAGAGCAUACCAUUCCAGCCCAAUGUGUACAGGUUUGACAGAUGCUUUGGAUGUUGCUUGAAUUAAGGUGAUAUAGAAAUGCUGAGUAUUAUUGAGCUGUCUGCGCACAACAACAACAAAUAAAUAAGAAAACCUUA